CGUUGCUGCUGCAGCAUCUGGCAACCCUCGUACGAUGAACGAGGCCAUGGACGACAGCCAGGCGCGCGUAGCCGACUACCUCGACGACAAACUGCAGACCAUCAGCGACCUGGACUCGCUCGAUGCGCUCCUGACCAAGAUCACCUCGCAGCACGGCCUGCUCAAGCAGCAGCUCGACGACGCACAGCGCCAUCUCCACGACGCGAAGCAGUCAGCCCAUGCCCACCACGCCCAGCUCCAGCAGCGCGGCGACGCCUUCCAGCAUGCCCAGGCCGACAUUGACCGCCGCCUCAUGGUCAUUACCGCCUCGGAGACCAGUGACGAUGCCGUCCCCCGCUUCGAAGCCGUGCUCGACACACUGCACCGCCUGGACGUGGCCAACGGAUACGUCGAGCUGCUGAGCGAGGUCCAUGUCCUCAGCAAACACGCCCAGGCACAGCUCCAGACCUCCAAUGAAGCCGCCCUACACCCGUACAAGCAACUGCGUGCUCUCCACACUCGCCUGACCAACCUGCAACAUGCUGCAGAGGGUGCCGCUCCGCAGUUACUCCACCACGUCGACAGCAUCACCCAAGUCCUGCGCACAAAGAUCCUCGAUGCCUUUUCGUCCGAUCUCGACGUGGUUCUGAAGAAGAUACACUGGCCCACGCCAAAAGCAAACAUACCUAGUCAGCUGCGCGAAGAAUGGGAAACGGCAAUUGCUAAGCUGUUGGACCUGCAGAUGCCUGAGCUGCAAGGCGCAGACUAUGCCAGCGGGCCAGUGGACAAGGUUAAGCUGCCUGCAGUUCUCUUCCCGCUCGAUGUACUCGUGCAACCCUUGGAGAUGCGCUUCCGCUACCAUUUCGAAGGUGACAGGCCAACGAAUCGGAUUGAUAGGCCUGAAUACUUCCUCUCUCACAUCACCACACUGUUGAAUGAUUACAGUGGAUUCGUAGGCGACCAUCUGCAACCUGUUCUACUGAGGCACUUUCGCGGGACUGAUUUGGCCCUCGACCCUGUCUACAUUGAUGCCAUGUCUGCCUUCAUCACCGCGCUUCUACCAAUGCUUAGGACCAAGAUCGGAUCCCUGUUGCCCAAGGUCGCCGGCCAACCCCAGCUCCUCAGCCACCUUAUGCAUGAAGUGAUGAGCUUUGACACUACCAUUAGAGACACUUGGGGCUACGAUGGCGGCUACGGAAUAGACGGCUGGAAAGGGCUCUCCUGGGAGUUUCUCGUGCAAGGCGAUUGGUUCGGCCGCUGGCUGCAGGUUGAAAAAGACUUCGCAUUAUCCCGCUAUCAAAGUAUCGUAGACGAUCCAGAUUUCGGUGAUCUCGACUACGAAUCCGUCGAUCCCAACGCCACCAAGCCAACCAAGGGAGCGAUCCGCGUCAACGACCUGCUCGAAACCAUAACUGAUCGAUACAGACCCUUGACAUCCUUCACGCAGAAACUUACCUUUUUGCUAGACAUACAGAUUGCCAUCUUCGACAAACUGCAUGAGAGGCUUUCGAGUAGUCUAGAUGCGUACCUCGCGAUGACCACGUUCACGGGACGUACCAUAGGUGGUGUUACGAAAGAGGAACAGGAAAAACUGCUUGGCAUCGAGGGGCUUGAGCGCCUCUGCAGGACGUAUGGCAGCGCAGACUAUCUCGAAAAAGCAAUGCGGGACUGGAGCGACGACGUGUUCUUCCUAGACAUUUACGAGGAGCUACAAGACCGUGCGAGACAAGCAAACAGCAUUGGUAGCAUGAGCGUUGCUGACGUUGCUGGACGCACGUCAAAGUCGGUCGAAGGAGACAGUGACAGCGGCUCGCUCUUUGAUGAAACGGCGAGUUGGUAUGCGCGCCUCCGCGAACGCAGCGCAAACAUCAUCAUCGACAGGUUGAACAAUAAUGUGCGGGAGGCGCUGCGGCCCUACCGACAUAUCAAUCCCUGGGCGACUCUCAGCGGCUCUUCGUCAGCUGCAGCCACAAAUCUCUCGCCUACAGCAGAGAUCGACCCACUUCUCACCCACCUAACCACUACCUUGACGUUCUUGUCCCGCGUGCUUGCUUCCGCUCCCCUGCGCCGCAUUACUAGAACGGUGCUCGCCACCAUCUCAAGCACGCUUUGGGACAACGUCCUUAGCCGAUAUCGUUUUUCGACUGCAGGCGCGGCACAGCUGCACACUGAUCUUGCGGCGAUAUGUCGCGUCGUGGAUAAAGCGGUGGGCCCGGGAGUCGCUGAAACAGGCUUACAAAAAUGCAUCGAGGGCGCACAGCUCGUUGGGCUGCCUGUCAAGGGUGGCAACAAUCAGGCUGUGAGGACGCCAUCGUCUACAGAAGAUGGUGGCGAUGGCGGCGAGGAAGAUUGGGAAGCUUGGGGCGGCGCGGAUGCAGACGAGGACGGGGACGGGGAUGAUGGGGCGCCUGUUCCGCGAAAAGCAAACAUUGGUGACACAGCGGCCGGGGAUGUGGACCUUGGCCUAUGGGAGGUGGAGAAGCGUCUCUUUGCGGACAAUCAGAGCGCGAGGGAUGUCUUGGAGGCGUUGGGGUUGGACGUGUUGAGCGAGACGGAGGCGAGGGCGCUGUUGCGACGAAGGGUCGAGUUGGCGGGUUAGCAAGUAGGCAGUUGCUCUCUGAGCUGUCAUGUGCCAAGUGAAGAGCUGAGAUCGUACGAUGCAGGUCACAAAGUUGAUCACGAUUAGAUCAGACGAUGUUUCUGCAUGUAGUCGAUAUCGUAGUCACAAAUUCGAUUGCCGUGGCUCUCACAAGGUCCCAAUGCAGCACCCUGGUCAAUGCAAAAGACUAUCACACGGCGCAACCGCAGCAAACCUUAUUGUUCAAAGAGCGAAAUUAAAAGAGGG